AUGACCUAUCCAUUGCCGGACUUCCUGAUAUAUUACGACCAGCACCGCUCAAAGCGUCGUUCCCAGUGCUCUCAGCGCAUCCUGGUCCUGGUGCCAUUUCUGAGGCCUGGCACUAUAGUGCAGCUCUCAACUCCUUGGGAGUUGCCGCACUGGCGACCCCAGCAGGACAGGAGGAAGCUGCUGUGCCGAGAGACGUCGACGUCGCUGUCGUCACGGUCGUCCUCAGCGUCGGUGAGAGAGAAGAGGAGGCUUAUCCACAUGGCCAGCCCCAGCCUGGCCAACAGCACCACAGCUGCCAAGGGGACUUUUAGCAGCAGCAGAGCCGUAGCUCAGCCGCCGCUCUUCAUCCACGUCGUCACACUACAGCAAGCCGCCUACAGCGAUUCUUUGUUUGGAGUGAAGAAACUCACCCUCACCAAGGAGUUGAAGGACACGGUUCCGGCUGCCAUGCGUCAGCACUACUUGGGCCUGUUCAAAGAGGAAUGUCUCAAGUUCACCUCUUCGUACCUGGAGGCCAUGGAGAAGGCGCAGUCCGAGGAGAAGAUGGUCUAUGACAAAUGUCCCAGCAAGAACAGGUACCUGAAUGACGCCCUGCACACCCUGAAGAAACUCAGGGGCCUGGUCCCCAGUGCCGUGCCGGCUUUCAGCCAGGCCACCCUGUACAGGCGCCUGCAGAGCUAUCUGCUCACGGAGGAGGAGCGUAAGGAGAAUGGCUUCCCGUUCGCACAUCCCGAGAAGCCCGGGUCCGCAAUGCUCUUCACGCAAGACGGGCUUUCGAAUCCGACACACAGGACCUGCUGCCGCUGUUACAUGGAGUAUCCUGUGUCCUCCUCUGGUGGCUGCCUAAGCUCAGAUCCUUGCGUGUUCCACUCGGGGCGCAUCCACUCCAUCCGGGUGCUCGGAGGCUGGGAGAUGCAGUACUCGUGCUGCAACGCGCUCAUUGGCUCCAAAGGCUGCAUGGGGGCCAAGCAACACGUGCAGGACGGCAGGAAGGACAACUUGCAGGGCUUUGCCAAGACCUUCCCGAAGAAAGACUGGGAGGCGCACCCCGGAAUCUACGCCCUGGACUGUGAAAUGUCCUACACCACACACGGUCUGGAGCUCACCCGCGUCAGUGUGGUGGACACGUACUUACGUGUGAUUUACGACACUUUUGUCAAGCCUGACAAUGAGAUCGUGGAUUACAACACCGUAUUUUCCGGAGUGACCGAGGCAGACCUGGCGAACACCAACGUUAGGCUGUGUGAUGUCCAGGCUGUGCUCCUGAGCCUUUUCAGCACCGAAACCAUUCUCAUCGGACACAGCCUGCAGAGUGACCUGCUGGCAUUGAAGUUCAUCCACAACACCGUGGUGGACACGUCCGUGCUAUUCCCGCACCGCCGGGGGCAUCCUUUCAAGCGUUCCUUGCGAGGCCUCGUCUCUCAGUACCUUAACCGGAAGAUCCAGAACCACAGCGGUGGACACAACUCCAUCGAGGAUGCCAUUGCCUGCAUGCAGCUGGUGACCUGGAAGGUGCAAGACGAUGCCAAGAUCUGCACUGCUCAGCAACAGGUCAAUUGCCCGAAGUGCAGACUGCAGCAGUUGAAGGUUUUCAUCAGCCGAUCCACACAGACACCCACAAUACUGGCAGAGGAGCUGCACCCGGAGAACGAGGCUCAGACCCACCUUACAGAGACUUGA